AUGACGCUUACGAGAGAAGAAGCGCAGGAGAGCAAGGAGAUGGAGACCCUGCGGGUGCACGCCGACGCGCUGCUCUCCCUCUCCUCGCCCGCCGCCUCAUCGCCGGACACCAGCAAGCCGACGACGACGCCGUCAUCGACCACGACGCCGGCGGCCAGGAGGGCGCUGGCGGCGGAGGGCGUGUUCGAGUGCAAGACGUGCAGCAAGCGCUUCUCCUCCUUCCAGGCGCUGGGCGGCCACCGCACCAGCCACACGCGGCUGCAGGCGCGGAUGCUGCUGCAACAAGAGCCCUCUGCAGACCAUGGCGCCGCCGACAGGGACAGGAACCGGGUGCACGAGUGCGCCGUCUGCGGACUCGAGUUCUCUAUGGGCCAGGCGCUGGGCGGCCACAUGCGCCGCCACAGGGGCGAGACCACAUCAACCGCCGCGCCCGGCGACGACUCCGGCUCCCACCAUCCGCUGUUCGACCUCAACUACCCGCCAGUGGAGGACCGCAGCGGCGACGGGCAGGAAUCCUCCUCGGCCCAUCGCGCCUCCGACCAUCCGCUGCUCGACCUGCUUGUAUAGAAUUCCCAAGCAACAUAGGCUGAGUAUAGAUACAUGCAUCAUAGAUUGAUAGUGCUUCCGUGUUAGUACAUACAUGGUGAUUUAUUUGUUUCUUACUAAGACAUAGACAUAACCGCGGUUCAAUUGAUGAAUUGCUAACUGCAUCAUGGUGUGAUUGAGUCAGUACAUCAUUUUUCGGGCAUACUUGUACAUAUAUUGGUUAGAAACAGACAUAUACAGUUAACUUGCUCUU